AUGGCAGUGAAUAAUUUGACUAGCCAUCGUCGUCCACCUAUCAUCGGUGCUUGGGUUGACCAAGGCAUUGGUUGCAAUGGUGCUUAUCAAUCCAUGAAACAACGCUUUGAAGAAUUAUCACCACUUAUUGAAAAAUGGUAUUAUUUUGUAACUCCUGCAGAAUUUUAUGAAUUUCUGGAUGAUAAACCAAAAACUCAGAUUUUUCUCAUUAUGUCCGGACAGGCUGGUCAACAAAUUGUUCCUGCAAGACGUACUUACGAAAAUAUUCACAGCAUGUAUAUAUAUUGUGGAAAUGUUAAUGAACAUCGUCGUUUAAAAGAGGAAUCUGAUAAAGUAAAAGAUGUUAUGAAUUUGGAAGAUGAUGUAUAUGAACGAAUAGCUGAUGAAUUAUCACGAUUAUUACUUAACAUUGGUGAAUCAUAUGUUCGAUCACAAGAUCGAGGUUUAGCUCGAAAUUAUUUGACCGAAGCAUUACGAUUAAUGAAAACAAUACUUCGUUAUAACAACAAUCAUGGACGUGUAAUUCAGGUGAAUGAUUUGUUAGAAUCAAUCGAUACAUCGAUUGAACCAUAA